AUGGUGCUGCAAGGUCUGGGUCCGAGCGAGGCCAGAAAGGGGCAGAAGGACGUGCCGGUACAAGAGGACGGGGAGCGUCUCUCUAACGGGGGCGACGACUCGGACGUCGGGGGGAGGCCCAAGCAUCGUAGGAUCGCCACGGCCGCGUCACGCCAUGAGGAGGGACCCAGGAACAGCCACCCAAGGUCACCCAGCGAGAAAAAGACUCGAGCCUCGGCGGGGCCAGUGACAGCAUCUCCUGCUCUGGCUCCCCGAGUCGCCUGCCUCAGGGCCCCUCUGAGUCUGCCCCGGACAAGGGCCCCAAAGGGAGCGGCCGCGGCCUCGUCCCCUGCUCCCGGCCUGGACCUUGUUGGCUUCUUCCAGUUCGCGAGCUCCAUGCCUGGAUCAGCAAAGAGCAGCCUCCUGGCCGAGGCCGAGCAGAGCAGAGAGGAGGGCCCCGAGGGAGACGCUGGGCUGGCCAGGCCGGGCCCUCCGAACGGCUUUUCUGGGAAGUGUGGCGGCACCCAGCCUGCACGCCCAGGCCAGGGCGAGCGGGCGGAGGAGCGAGACCAGCCGGAGCCUGGAGAGCCGCUGAUCAGGGCCAGGGAAGGACCAGCCGGACACCCGCUCGCCGGAGACGGGAGGCUGCGCGCUCUGGAGGCCCGGCCAGGCACAGGGGACCCCGGGGGAGGCUCACCUCUCCACGCCUGCGCCAUUCUUCCCACACGUGCCCAGCCAGCCGGCAGCCUUCCUUCUGCCCGUCCUUCUCCCUUCGGGGUCCCCCCUGCCCAGCGGGGGCGUGUGUUUGUGGGAGACCAGCGGGGAGCAUGUCUGUCGUGUAAGUGAUGCCCCUUCCUUCUGGGGUGGCUGCCCUGAAUAACGACAAGAGGAAGAUUUAGCGCGUCUCCUCCCAGGUAAGUCUUCGUGGUUGUGAAAAGGAGUAGAGCGUGUGC